AUUGUGUCAGCUCAAAACUCACAUAAUUAUGUAGGUCAUAUAAGGUUGUAUUAAUACAAUGAAGUAGGUACAAUACACAAUGAUCCCUUCCUUCCAAGUUCCUAUUUUUCCACAUUAGCUUGACGUAUCUUCAACCCACAAAUAUGACUGAUCAUCAUGAACUUGUAGCUGAAAUGCCAUCCAUUGAAAGGAUGGCAACACAAGAUCGCUUAAAACAUGCCAAAAAACGCAGGUCCCAACAAAUGAAAAAAUGGACUCAAUAUGAGAAACAUCUGGAUAAAGAACAUUCCAAGAAAAGAAAAAGUGGUCAUGGCAGUGUUGAUGUGAAAAAACAGAAAAGAAAGAAAAGAAAUGUGAUAUUUGUACCUAAUAUUUCUUUAUUGGAAGCUGCCGCUAGAAAUGAUGUUGAAGAAGUCAGAUCAUUACUAGAACAAGGUGUUAAACCAGAUUUAACUAAUGAUGAUGGGUUAACAGCAAUACAUCAGUGUUGUAUAGAUGAUAGUGAAGAAAUGCUUAAAUUAUUAUUAGAAUAUGGUGCUAAUGUAAAUGCUCAAGACAGUGAACACUGGACUCCACUACAUGCCGCUGCUACUUGUGGACAUGCUCAUUUAUGCCGUCAUCUGAUAGAAAAUGGAGCUGAUUUGCUAGCUGUUAAUUCUGAUGGUAAUAUGCCUUAUGAUAUUUGUGAAGAUGAUGCAACGUUGGAUUAUAUUGAAACUGAGAUGGCUAAACGAGGUAUAACACAAGAAGAAAUAGAUGACAAAAGAUUAGCCAGUGAGAAAUAUGUUUUAGAAGACUUAGAAAAAAUUAAGGCUGCCAACAAAAGUUUAGAAUUCCGAGACCAUAUUGGUGCCACUCCGCUACAUAUAGCAGCUGCUAAUGGUUAUCUUCAAGUAGCUCAAUAUUUAUUAGAUAAUCAUGUAGCUGUUGAUAUUAGAGAUCAUGAUUCCUGGCAACCUAUUCAUGCUGCAGCUUACUGGGGACAGCCUGAUUUAGUUGAUAUUCUUGUUCAAAAUGGAGCAGAUAUUGAUGCUAAAAUAAAAAGUGGAGAAACACCUUUCGACCUGUGUGAAGAUCCUGAAUUGAAACAGAAGAUAUUAGAUGUAAAAGAUGAAAUAGAGACCAACAGAGCUAGCCGUGGUGGAAAAAGUUCACACAUCAAACAUAGAAUCAGUUCC